GCUCUGCAGAGCAGCUCCUGAGCCCAGAGUGUUGGAAAGCCACUCUGAGAGCCCUGGGCUGCUGCACUCUGAGCGGCCAGCAGGGGACAGCUGGUGCCAAGAGCACUGUGCUUCAGAACUCUGCAGAUGUUCUCUUGUCAGACAAGCAGGUAGUGGAGACCAUACAAUGGUUUUCAGACUUUUUUUAUAAGCUUCGGUUAUCCAAGGUGGAUUUUAAAAGCUUUGGUUUAUUCUCAAAAUGGAGCCCUUAUAUGGCUGAUGUGAAGACAUUCUUAGGCUAUCUUGUGAAAAGGCUGAUUGACUCAGAAAUGAACUCCUUGGCUCAAGACCCAUCUGCCAGCAGCAUAGCAGCGCUGAGAUCCCUACAUUCAGUAAUCAUUCAGCUCUUUAAGCCAUGGAUCCUGGUUUUAGAGGACACUGAAAGUAGUCAACAAAGACAUUACCCAUGGCUGGAGAGUGAUGCUGUGGUGGCCUCUAGCAUUGUGCAGCUCUUCACUGACUGUGUUGACUCAUUGCAUGAGCGUUUUAAAGACAAGCUGUUGCCAGGUGAUGAAGGAGCCCUUCGGUUGCACUUGAUGCAUUAUUGUGAAGCAUGUACAGCACCCAAAAUGCCAGAGUUCAUUCUGUAUGCUUUUCAUAGUGCCUACCGGAAACUCCAGUGGAAAGACCUAUACCCCGACCAGAUGCUCAUGGAGGCCUUCUUCAAAGUGGAACGAGGAAGCCCCAAGAGCUGUUUCUUGUUUUUGGGGUCUGUACUCUGUGAAGUCAAUUGGGUUAGUGUGCUGUCUGAUGUCUGGAACCCCAGUCCCCACCCUGAAACUCAGAGCAUGAUUGUCUGCCUCCUUUUCAUGAUGAUUUUGCUGGCCAAGGAAGUUCAACUUGUAGACAAAGCAGAUUCACCUUUACUUAGUCUUCUUGGACAGACAAGCUCACUCUCGUGGCACCUCGUGGACAUUGUGUCGUACCAGAGUGUGCUAAGUUAUUUUAGCAGUCAUUACCCACCGUCAAUCAUCCUGGCAAAAGAAUCUUCUGCAGAAUUGAUUGUGAAGCUCCUGAAAGUGUCUGCAGGACUUUCCAUUCCUACUGAUGGUCAAAAACAUCUUGAUGUAGUUCCAAAAUGCCAAGCUUUCACUCAUCAGAUGGUUCAGUUCCUCAGCACUCUGGAACAAAAUGGAAAAAUCACCUUCGCGGUCCUAGAACAGGAAAUGUCUAAGCUCUUAGAUGAUAUCGUUGUCUUUAACCCACCCGACAUGGACAGCCAGACCCGCCACAUGGCCCUCAGCAGCCUCUUUAUGGAAGUCCUGAUGAUGAUGAACAAUGCAGCUCUUCCAACAGCAGAGUUCCUCCGAGGUAGCAUUCGGACUUGGAUUGGCCAAAAAGUACAUGGGCUGGUGGUACUGCCUCUUUUAACAGCAGCCUGCCAGAGCCUGGCUUCAGUUCGCCACAUGGCAGAGACUACAGAAGCCUGCAUCACUGCCUACUUCAAGGAAAGUACACAUCAUACUGCAGAUGGGGAGACAACAGACAUUGCAGUGAGCACCCGCAAUCAAAAUUUAGGAUGGGGCCCCAUUCUGGUGUCCCUUCAAGUUCCUGAGCUCACCAUAGAAGAAUUUCUGCAGGAGUGCCUAGCUCUUGGCAGUUAUUUGACUCUUUAUGUCUACCUGCUUCAGUGUUUAAAUAGUGAACAGACCCUAAGGAAUGAAAUGAAAGUGCUGCUCACCCUGAGCAAGUGGUUAGAACAGGUGUACCCCAGUUCCGCACAGGAAGAGGCAAAGCUGUUUUUGUGGUGGCACCAAGUCCUGCAGCUCUCCCUGAUUCAGACAGAGCAGAAUGACUCAGUCCUGACAGAGUCUGUUAUUCGGAUUCUGCUCAUGCUUCAGAGCAGGCAGAACCUUGUGGCCGAGGAAAGGCUCAGCUCCGGGAUUCUGGGGGCAAUUGGUUUGGGCCGGAAGUCACCCUUGUCCAACAGGUUCCGAGUGGUUGCUCGAGGUAUGGCUGCCUUCCUUUCAGUUCACGUUCCUACAGAAGACCAGAUUCGUUUGAAGCCUAGCUCUGAAUUACAUCUGACUCCGAAAGCUCAGCAGGCUCUGGCUGCUCUUGACUCCAUGACGCUGAGUAAGCAGUACGUGGAAUACCAGGAUCAGAUAUGGCAAGCUGUCCAGUUUAUAAAGCAUCCUGGCCAUUGCCUCCAAGAUGGGAAAAGCUUCCUGGCUCUUCUCAUUAACUGUCUGUACCCAGAAGUGCAUUACUUGGACAAUAUACGAUAGUAAUUCUGAGCUCUUGAAAAACUCCGUUGCUCUUUAUGUUUACAUUUAACUUUGAUGUUGCACAAGUAACGCUCAGUUUCACUGCAGAGCCAAGAACUUCGUGACUGCGACACAAAUUGGGAGACAGUAGAUAAUUUUGAUGUGUUUGUGUUAUUGUCCAGAGACUUUUUAGUUUUUAUGUGCAUCCACAAGUGAAACUUACCAAGUUCCGCUUGAGUAUGGAGGCACUCUGGUUGAUGAGUGUCCCAGUCAUCUCACAAAAGCUCCAGAUGGAGUUUUUGGUAAGUCUCCAGUUCUGCCUCACGUUUUAUUUCAAUAUCAAGACUCUUGUGCCAGAUGUGACUGCUUUGGGCCCAGUGUGUUCUUCCAGUGCAAAAAAAGUCAACUUGGAGAAUUUCUGCUUUUCUCAAAUUUGGAGAAACAUACCAGCUUAGGAAUACUAUUGGUAUUUCUUUUCGAGGAGAGGUGAGAAAUGUUGAAUUAAGCUGGGCAUGGUGGCACACACACCUGUAAUCCCAGGGCAUAGUGUGAGACCCUAUCUCAGAGCACUCUUGAUGAUACCAGAUUUGCUUUCUGACAGCCACACUGUGGGGUGGGAGACUGGAGAAGUUUGUUCUCCAUUCCCUGCUUAUUUCUUCCUGCCAUAUUGAAACUCAGAUGAAGCUAACAGACCUGCUUAAGUACUUGGCCAUGGAAACUGGCCAGGUCAGGAGAAUUUCUGAAAUUUGGCUUUUUUUGAGUCAUCCUGUGCCUUGUCAUUUAAUAGUGCAUCAUUACCAAAGCUCAUCUGUAACACUGCCUUGUCUGUUGGCAUCUUCUAGCUCAUGUUAUUUCCCCCAGGUGUGAGCAGUUUGACUUCUGUCAGCAUACUCACAAUUUUCACAGUGGCUUGUCCAGGUUAUAUGAUGUGUCUUUGUUUAUGGGUUGUCUGUAGCCCAAGAAUAUUUACUUAAAAAUGUGUAAAGAGCCACCAAGAGCUUUCAGUAGAAGUAGGGACAUAGUUAAAAGAGUGCUAAUCUCUUCCCAAAUACCCCACAUUUGGACGUUUGUAGGAGGUUCUUUAUUGGACAGAACAAUUCUGCCUCACAGACAUGCCUUGGAGCUCUGAUGAAGAACAUCUCUGUGUGAGUUGUGUAGGCUACAAGGUAGCUACAUCUCACAGGGACACAGCUCAGCUUUCCUUGGGUUUGCUUCUCUCCAUUUUCAAAAUCAUCAUCAUUCAUCUUCUCUUUGUAUGUAUAAGAAAAUGUUAGAAGCUGUCGACAGUUCUCUUGGCUGAUUUGGCAAUAAUGAUUUUAGGACAGGACAUAUUUUGUGUGGUGUUUUCUUUGAGGAGGAUGAAAUUAUUGAUAUCCUAGAAUGUGAAAAUUUUGAGUGAUAAUAUGUACAUUUUAAAGAAAAUUAUGAUUAACCUGUUAAUAUUAAAAGUUUAUAAUAUUUAUAAUUAUUUACUCUGUAAAAAUUAUGAAAAAUAAAAUCGGUCUUUGGUUGUAACUGGUAGGAAUCAGAAUUACAGGGAUCUCACACUAGCUUGUAAAAUAUUUCACUUGUUAAGGUUGAUGUAGAUUUUUAUACCUGAUGUUAUCUAUCUUAUUUGACACUAUAACUUGGUUUCAGCCAUGGUCUGUUCAAGUACUUUCUCUUUCACUUCAUGCUUAACAUGGGAGGGUUCCUUAUCUCAUAGGUUGCUGUGAAAAAGCUCUAAACUAGACAAAGACACCGAGAUAGUUCAGACCAUGGCAAAGAAAAGACAGAGGCUACACACAGGCCGACCUGCUCAUUGCUUAAAGGGUAACGAGCCUUUACUUGGAAAGUUGUUCUCCAGAGUGCUCAGGGCCGUGGAGUCCCUGUUGGCAUCAAGCAAGACCCAAGCCUGAUUGUGGGCUGAGCAGCGUGGAAGGUAGACCAUGGAUGCUCCCGACUUUGCGCACAGCUGCAUGGGCUCCGCGGCAUUCUGGUCACAGUGGAAAGCUCCUCUUUGCCUCUCCCACCCUGCAGAGACAUAUGGGGCUCUCCUUGUUCCAUCACCUGACUAGAACAAAUGGAGGCAGAAAGCUGGAAGGCACUGCUGUUCAGUAGGACUGUCCUGCCAGCUGUAUCUGCACAGUGUGACAGUGGCAGGGGAGCUGGGGCCCACGGCACGUUUCUAAAGCUCUUGCACACUUGACCUCAGUUUUAAGGCACAGCUGGUUUUGUGCUUUCACAGUCAAUGUGUUGGCUCAGUCACUGAAUGCCUCCACCUCCCUGGGUUGUGCCCAAGCUUCUUGGUUUCUUUGAGAUUGGAGGAGAUGUGCAGAAAACUCAAACUCUAACCAGCCUGACCUCCCCCAACCAAGCGACAGGCACCUUGUCCCCAUUAGUCUCCAAAACCAGUAUGUCUGUGUUGUACAAGUUAAGCGUGUCCAUGUCCUUUUUCUGUUUGAAGGAAGAUGAUAUAAUUUUUCUUUGGAUUUUUUUCUGAAAAUUAACUGUUCUGGAGCAGGAAGCAAAUACCUAGUGUCACAGAUCUGGAACAUUAGAGUGGGCCUAAACACAUCUAGGCUCUCCUCUCAACAGUGAAGAGCGUCCUGGAGUCCAGCCCCCGCUAGGCUGCCCAGGCUGGCCAAGAUGCCUGGUGAUGUCUGUUGGUUGUGGAUCUGCCAGGCUGGGGCUGUCCCUUUGCUCCUUUCUUGCUUCUCUUGUAACCCUCUCCCUCACUUAGUCCUCUCCAGGCUAAAUGUCCCAGAGUCCUUUGUUACUCCUCUUCUACCAUGAUGUCCAACAGGGUUGCCCUGGGGGAGAAGUGCCCACAUCAGCCCAUAUUGCUGUGCCCAAGCAGUCACAGUGCUAGGGUGAGGAAAUGAAGUACACGGAUACUUGCCUUUUAUGCCAUUGGUGCCUUGCCUGCCUCAUCCUAACCGCUGCCCAGUCACUUGAGUCACGCUAGUUAUGGGCAUGGUGAUGCAUGGCUGUAAUCCCAGCCCUCACGAGGCUGAGGCAGGAGGAUCAAGAAUUCCAGGCCAGCUUGGACUACAUGGUGAGAUCUUGCCUCAACAAAACCAAAUGAGCCACACUAGUGUGGUCUGAGCAGUACAGUUCACUCCUCUGUGCCCUCGGGAAGCAUCAGCUAUUGCUGUCCCCUGUGGCUGGCACAUUAAACGAGAGGCAAGUUCAGACUCCAGACCUGUUUAAUACCAGUCACUGCCAAAGACUGGUCUCUUCACACACCUGCAUGGUAAGUCUAACAAGGUGCUCUGCUCUUAAUCCUGUACAACUGUCAGCUGUUCACUUUGAGCCAACUUGACAGUUCAUUUUGGGUUGUUGCUGAUCUUAGUUUUGCUCAGUUAACUGUGUCUUAUUGAGCAAAAUAGAGAAUAUAAUACUGGGAGAUAAACUUGUUGCUUUAAAAGGCAAAGCGACCCCCUUCUGUGAUCUUCUGUAUGUGCUACGGUCAUGCUGGGUAGAGCUCUUGACCUGAUAGCUAGGCACUAAUACUGUCUGUUCUGCUCCACCAGGAUGCUCCUUUUCUAGAGUAUGCCUUGGCAUUGCGUGACCUGGAGAGCAGUUCUGUUUGUAUAGUUUCCUUCAGGAUUAAGCGCAGAACUCGGGAGAGGCCCCCGAUUUCUGAUGAGAGUAACUUGAAAAAAAUUAAACUACCAAUCCUGUUUUAGGAUAAUGAAAUUGCUAAGGAAUGUUGAUUAUUGUACUUUUCUUAGUGUAUCGAUGUAAUAUCUCUCGAGCACUGAGUUUAUUUUUCUUUCAGUGGUUGAAAAUUUUUUAUAUUGGAGAUUGAGCUUUGUUCCUUCCAACAUGUCUAGUGUGACCUUUAAAAAAUACAAUUUUAUUUAGAGUCAUGUGCAAUAUUCAUUUUUUAUUCAUUGUUCAACAUUUUCCAUGCUGUGUAAAGGAUGAGUUUUAUGUAGUGGCGACAAACAGGAAGAAAUGCGAAUCAGUUAAGUAAAAUUCUGCAAAUAAACCACUUUCAAAUUAAUUUACCCUUGGUGGGCCUGUCUCAUUGUUAUCAGCAAGUCAGGUGACAGGUCUUUACAUAUAUAAAUCACAUUGAGAAAAAAUUUAAAUUAGGAAAUUUGUAAUGGAUAAAAAUCUUUAUUCUGUGAUGUAGCACCAUAAUGACAAGACCUCUAAUUUUAAAGAGAAUAUGUAACUUGGUGGUGGGCAGGAGGCCAUCAGAGACAUCAGGAGAGCUCUUUGUGGUCUGUAAUGU